AUGGCUACAACAAUUACUAACGGUCGCCCAAACGCGAUGCGGACUCGAAAUAUGGCUCUCGCCAGUAUGGUCGCUGUCGUCACAUCAGGGUGGCUACUCUUCCGUGCGCAGUCCCCGAAUAGCAAAGAUGUUUUGUACAGCGAGAAGGAGAAGAAUAUGAUGCAGGGCAAGACAGGGUCAAGUGCUGUUGGACGGGCGCCUUCACAGGAGAGGGCGGCGAAGUCUUAA